UCCUCCCCUAUAUGCUUCACUUUGCCGUUUUGCUCAUCUCUAGCCUGUCAAUCUUCACCGUUCUUCAUCAUAAUUUCUGGGGGUUAAUAAAAUCAACAAAUUUGGAAAAUGAUGAAUGCUCCUCCCGGUUUUAGACCCACUAAAUCAGCUCCAUGCUCACCAGCAAAGCCGCCUCUCGGGCUUUCCAGAACCGGCUCUCAGUCUUUUCAUGUCGCGCAUAAAGUCCCCCUCGGGGACUCACCUUAUGUGAGGGCUAAACAUGUUCAAUUGGUGGACAAGGAUCCAGAGAAGGCAAUACCAUUAUUUUGGGCGGCCAUAAAUGCUGGAGAUAGAGUUGACAGUGCACUGAAAGAUAUGGCUAUUGUCAUGAAGCAACAGAAUAGAGCAGAAGAGGCCAUAGAGGCCAUCAAGUCACUGAGACCACGUUGCUCUGAACAAUCUCAGGAGUCCCUUGACAACAUUUUAUUAGAUCUUUUCAAGAGAUGUGGGAGAUUAGACGAUCAGAUCGGCUUGUUGAAGCACAAGCUGUUUUUGAUUCAGCAAGGAGUGGCUUUUAAUGGGAAACGCACUAAAACAGCUCGAUCUCAGGGAAAAAAAUUUCAGGUUUCUGUUGAGCAAGAAGCUACUAGAUUAUUGGGGAACUUGGGAUGGGCACUUAUGCAGCAGAACAACUACAUUGAAGCUGAGGAUGCUUACAGAAGGGCAUUAGUGAUUGCGCCAGACAAUAAUAAGAUGUGCAAUUUAGGAAUUUGCUUGAUGAAACAAGGAAGAAUCUCCGAGGCUAAAGAGACCCUUAGAAGAGUAAAGCCAGCAGUAGCUGAUGCAAGAGGCAUCGAUUCCCACCUCAAAGCAUAUGAAAGAGCACACCUUGAAUCAGAUAUGAUGAACAACAGCUCCAAAGAUCAGAUACAACAAAGGAAGUUGUUUGAUGCAUUCCUGAGCUCUUCUGCAAUUUGGCAGCCACAGCCUUGCAGAGAAUCAUCCUCUGCCAAACCGCAAGAUGAUUUUGCUGACGAGAAUGUUAAUUCUCAGAAUAUAGUGCAAAAAAUUGGGAUCUCAACUAACAGCAGCCAGUUGCAAGAUAGGCUUAAAAGAACAAGGUCAGACAAUGCUGCUAACUUUGAUAGAGAAAAUGAGACUGGAAAGUCUUGGAAGCCGCCUAUUUCUAAGGCGAUGAGUAGUCACUCAAAUAAACCAAAAGAAACAGGAGACGAGACGAAUGACAGUAGCAAAGAGUUUGAAGAGGCCAUACUUGCAGCAGUUCUAGGUUCCAGUAGUGAGUUUGGAAACGUCGUUAAGGCCAUGAGUAAUGAUGGUGGGAUCGUAGUUCCAAGAAAGGUUGGAAAGAGGCUGAAGGUGUUUCAAGAUAUUACACCUUCCUUGAGUCCCAGGGCCUGAUUAACAUAAUUUAGUUUGAGACUGGAGAUAAACUUGUUCUCUUGUUCUUUUAACUUAUUUAAGGAUACUAAUUAGUUUAAUUUCUGUUUUUUUAAUGGCCAAUUGUGGCAAUUGAUGUAACGACUCUGAACUCACAAUAAACUCUGGUCUUUUUUUUUUA